AUGCCCUUCAACUGGAACCGCAAAAGAGUGUCUUCAUCUGUAAGAGGGUCGAAGUCCAAUGAAGAUGGUCUGUCAAGUGACGCUUCGCUGAAAGCAGCUCAGGCUAUCUUCAGAAAGCACGAGGCACCUGCAGCGGCAGAAAACAAGUAUCCAGCUCUACCAACUCCACAGGUACACCAGAGACAAAAUGUAACGCCUGGACGACUGCAACAGAAGCUGCAAGGGGCACAAAGGUCAAAAAUAGUCGCAUCAAAACCUGUGAGUCAAACGAGCGCAAAGUCGCCUUCCCCAUCGAGCACCUCAUCCCAAAAUCUUCGUACAGCAGCUGAAGCAGCAGCUGCUACUGCACAAAAGAGCAUCUUGACAGUGCAACCCCGGGUCAAAUCAAAACAUGCAAAAUUCGGCCAACUGUGGAACACUUCGGGAGAAAAGAAGCAUUCUGUACCCGCAUUUCCUUCCUUGGCAAAUGAACAGGCCAGUCAAGAGUCGAGCAAUAGCAAGUCUGCUGUUAAAAGUGCUCGGGAAGAUGACCUGGCAGAUAUAUUAGCAAAAUUGCAGGGCACGAAAGAAACCAUCUUGCCUGGUAGAACUGGAAGGGCUGAGAAGUCUGGGAGCUCUUCACCAAGAAACAACGUGUCCACUGAUAGUAUAAUCUCGCUGAAUACUAGUUCAGAAGAUGUGGCGCGACUUCAUCCCCUAGCCAACAGCAAUGGGCCGCCUCUUUUGUCGCGACAGGCCACUCGUAACGGGAGUGGACUGAGCGGCUUCCACUCAAGCGAAUGUGACAACCUUUCUCCGGGUACACAGGCAGAACACCCGAUUUUCUUGUCUGCGAAAGCUAAUUCAAACAGGACAAUAACGCCGAGGCGUUCGACAUCUAGAAAUCAAACAAAGGAGGACAUCAGCGAUAGCCUGUCGGUAUCAUCUGCCCAAUCAUCUGCAUACUCGGGCCUGCCUGCAGCUGGGUUUGAUCCCUCGAGUGAUCAAAAUUUCUCUGAGCUCAGCAUAUCCCCGCGGGCGGGCCCUUACAGACAUGAGCUAGCACGAUCGUCGAUCGAUCAGAGUAGCGUUAAUGCAGAUUUGUACUCGGACCGCACGUCGGUCGAUGGAGGACUGGGAAAGGGUUUGCAGAAUAUCAAAUAUCAUGGAACUCUACCGGAUCUGAUACCGAAUCAUACACGAGACAAGAAAAAGGGUCGAUUAAGCUCUAUAUUUGGCCGAAAGCGCAAGAGCUUUGAUGGUUUUAAUGCCAAGAACAGCUCCAACAAUAGUAACGAGAGUGGUGUUAGCAAGGUCAAUCAACCAACACGUCUCAAGACGACCAUGAGAACAACAAGCCUUGACUACGAGGACUCAAACUCAGAGGAAAGCAGCGACGAAUAUGAGAGCAAGUCAGAAAACGAGGACGCAAUGGCAGCGAGCAAGAAGAAGAAGCCCAAGAGACGUCGGGUACGCAUUCGGAAAAAAAUACAGAAGGCAUCUGGUCACAAUCACUCGCACAAGAAGUCAUUCAACGAGGAUAAACCAUGGAAGAGCCAUAUCGACAUAGGGUUUGUCACGCAGAUGGAGCGGAAACGUUACGAGGGCAUUUGGCUUACGAACCGCAAUUGCUAUCUUGAGCUGCUUCCUUGGUGGAAUGAGCCCGAGGCACAGGCGGCCAAGCGUGCCAUGCUGGACGAGGGUCUGAUGUUAAACCUCGUGGUUAUGGCAAUAUGGAGUAGAAGUAACUUGCCGCAGGACAAGCUGGCCGCCAUUUACGACAUGGUGGACACACGGAAUGACUGGACCUUGGAUCGAAAGUCGUUCAUCGUGGGCAUGUGGCUCGUGGACCAAAGUCUGUACGGCCGGAAGCUGCCGGCCAGGAUUCUGCCUCGAGUCUGGGAGAGCGUUGAUAGAUACGUGAUAAAUGUGCCAAAGGAAGCACACCUUGGGCUUAAACACGAAGACAAGCAGAAACAAAUGAAACAGGAGCUCAAACAGCUGAAGAAGGAUCUCAAACGCGCUCAAAUAUGA